AUGGAUUUCAUGAGGAUUGAAAGGACCGGAGGUGUGUUCGGGUCAGAUUCAGACCAGCGGAAAGAGAAGACACAACACGAUGGAGGUGCAGAAGCCAAAGAAGAAAUCAAGAAUCAGACCUUAAAAGACGAUCUCGUCAACAGCACCUCCGGGCCACGAGACCGCCACGGCCAAUACGCAUGGCAACCCUACCCCCUCCGCCCCUUCAUCGAGCGCCUAGACUGGGUACUGGAUAUAUUCUGCAACUUCCGAGGCAUGGGCUGGAACUGGCGCACCAACGCCCUGCCCCCACCUCCCAAACCCAUCCAAACGCAACUCGACAGCAACUCCCAAUCCACCGUCCCAAAGCACACCUACAAAACCCACUCUGGCCAAGUAGCACAAUUCACCUCCCGGCGCAUCCUCCUCCGGCAAAACACCUGGCGCCUACUCAAAGGCUACCUAGUACUCGACCUGCUAAAAACAACAAUGAUGUGGGAUCCCUAUUUCUGGGGCUUGACAAACAGAGCACCACCACCACAGCCCCACCUCCCCUCGUGGCUCACCAACAGCGCCGUCCUAACACACACAUACCACCUCCUCCUCAGCAUGCUCGCCGUAAAAUACGCCCUCCAAACCAUCUUCGCCCUCGGCCCCCUCUUCUUCAGCGGCGCCCUCUCCCCCUCUCUCCUCGGCGCCCGCGCAGAACCCUGGAUGUAUCCUGAGACGUGGGCGCCGUACAGCGUGGUCUUGGAUAAAGGGCUCGCGGGCUGGUGGGGCAGAACCUAG